AAGCAUAUCAGAGAAUCUCGAAAUCCUCGUGCUUUCUCUCUCUCUCUCUCUCUCUCUCUCUCUAUAUAUAUAUAUACACACACACAUCACGCUUUCGAUCUCUGAUUCUUGAACCGAAGCUCGAAGCCAUUGAAGGAGGAGCACGCGAGGAUCGGCAGGGAGUGAGGGAAUCGUUGGUGUUGUUUUCUUGAAGAUUUAAUGGAGGGGAGCUCGCGUUCGCCAUUGAAGGACCCGAGAAAGAUUGCUCGGAAUUAUCAACUGGAGGUGUGCAAGAAGGCUGUGGAUCAGAAUUUGAUUGUGUUUCUGAGAACUGGAGGUGGGAAAACCCAUAUUGCGGUGUUGCUCAUGUAUGAGCUGAGGAAUGAGAUUCUAAAACCCAGCCGCAGCAUCUGUGUUUUCCUCGCUCCCACUGGCGCUCUUGUUAAGCAGCAAGCCCUAGUCAUUGAGAGUUCCACCAAUUUUAAAGUCAGCAGCUAUUUUGGAAAAUGCAAGCGCUUGAAAGACCAUGCUGAGUGGGAUAAGGAGAUUGAUCAAUUUGAGGUUCUUGUAAUGACUCCACAAAUUCUUCUCCACAGUUUACAACAUUGUUUCAUCAGGAUGGAGCAUAUUGUCCUGUUGAUUUUUGAUGAGUGCCAUCAUGCCCAAGCACAGAGUAGACACCCUUAUGCUCAAAUCAUGAAGGAGUUUUACAAGACGAACACCCCAAAAGUUCCUCGUAUAUUCGGUAUGACUGCUUCGCCUAUUGUUGGGAAAGGCGGGCUGAAUCAGUUGGAAUAUUCCAGGCGCAUCAACAGUCUUGAGAAUUUAUUGGAGGCAAAGAUAUGUUCUGUGGAUCACAAUCUUCAACUUGAAUGUGUUGCUGCUACUCCAGAUAUCAAAAUAUACCUUUAUGGUCCAGUAGCCAACCAUUCGUCAGGCUUUAUUGUAACUUGCACACAGAAACUCGAGGAAACAAAGGAUGAGUGUACCCGCACGAUAAGGAAGGAGCAAUGUGAUGAUUUUCAAGAACUCCAGAAGCAAAUAAAAACUCUUGAGAGGAUUCAUGGCAAUUUAGUAUUUUGUCUGGAGAACAUUGGGCUUCAGGGAGCAUCAUAUGUUGCCAAGAUCCUUCUAUCUUCUGACCACAAUGACCUGAUGCAAAUGGAGUUGGACAAUAGUGACAAAGUUGGUUGCAUAGCGGAUCACUAUUUAAAAAUGCUCGUUCAAUCCUGAAUGUUGACUUAUUGCACGUUCGUGGUUUGUCUAUGGUUGGAGCCAUGGAUAACAUCGGCAACUGAAUACAUGCAAAAGAUGGAUAUUUGGCCUUUUUCCGUGGAGCACUUCAAAAAGGUGACUUAUUUUGCAAGGUUGAUUGAGAAAGCCGAUUGAUUGUGUAAACUGCAGUUGCGAUUGCGAAAUCCUGAUAUUUAAUAUGGACUGAGCAUGUGAUGACAGGCAAUGUGUAGUAUCAAUAAUUUGUCGAUGUUGUCUCUCAGUGAAGCCAUUUUGCUCAGGUGUAUAUGGGCAUGAAAUGGGCUGUGUAAUGCCAUUGUCUAUCAA